CGUUUAUAUUCCCAUUGGCGAAAAAUAUUCCGAUCAAAUCCAUCGUCUUCUUCCACAAGAACCGUAAGGAAGUGCUUCCUAUUCACAACGUGUUUCGUAUAAAACAAUUCAUUUUGUGAAUCAACUAAUCUAUAACACGAGUGAAGUGAAUUGCUUCCAGUUAGAUUCUUAUUACUUCCGGUUAUUUAAGCGAUUAAAGAAAAUAACGACGUGUAUUCAACCCCAUAGUUUUCAGCUACUGUAAGUGAAAAUGGAAGAAUCUCGCACAUAUAACCGAACUAAUUUUCGUUCAAGUCGUGGAAGAAACAACUUUGGCAACAAUUAUAAUUCAGGAAGGGAGUAUCCAAAAAAUAAUGAUAAUGUAACGAUUAUGGUUCCUUCAAGAUGUACUGGAAGGCUUAUUGGUCGUGGAGGAUCAAAAAUCUCAGAAUUACAACGUAACAGUAAUGCAAAGAUUAUAAUAAGUAGAGAUGAUAUUGAUGGGGAAAGAAGUGUGUCUUUAAUCGGGGAUGAUUCUGCUAUUGAAAAGGCUAAAUCUUUAAUUUAUGAGAUUGUUAAUUCUACUGAUCAGCGACCGCAAAGGAAUUUUAGAGAAACGAGAGAAUAUAGUCCCGUUAGAAAAUUUUCCCCCCCACCUCCCCAAAAUGUUCCUAAUGAGGUGCCAAUGAUGAGGACAUCUUAUGUUAGAUCGACUGUUGUAACCCCUUCUGUUACAACUGCUCCUGAACCAGUAAAUUGGGAUGAAUUAAGAGAGGAAGCUGACCGUUAUCAAAAAGAAAAAUUAGCACAAAUGACUCCAAUAAAAAAAUGUUUCUACGAGGAAUUACCGGAAGUAAGAGACAUGUCUGAAAAUGAAGUAAAAGAAUUUCGCAUAAAUAGAAACAACAUUUGCGUUGCUCGUACUUUUGAGGAUCCGUCUGGAAAAUCAAAACCGAUUCCAAAUCCAGUAAAAACAUUCCACCAAGCAUUCCAUAACUAUCCAGAAAUUUUACAUGAAAUUGAAAAAGCUGGUUUUACCACUCCUUCUCCUAUUCAAUCGCAAGCCUGGCCGAUUAUGUUGAGCGGUGAAGAUAUGAUAGGAAUCGCUCAAACCGGUACUGGAAAAACGUUAGCCUUUUUAUUGCCUGGUUUAAUUCACAUAAACGGUCAAAUCACACCGAUAGAAGAACGCAAUGGGCCCACGGUUUUGAUUCUAGCUCCAACUCGAGAAUUGGCCUUGCAAAUUGAGCGCGAAGUUAAGAAAUAUUAUUACAAGGGAUUUAAAUCUGUUUGCGUUUAUGGUGGUGGGGAUCGCCGCGAACAAAUUAAAAUAAUAAAGGAGGGUGUUGAUAUUGUCAUUGCCACACCUGGACGAUUAAAUGACUUAGUUGAAGCUAAGAUUUUGAAUGUGGAAGAAGUUAGUUAUGCUGUAUUAGAUGAAGCGGAUCGAAUGCUGGAUAUGGGUUUUGAACCACAAAUUCGUAAGGUUAUGUAUCAAGUUCGAAAAGAUCGACAAACAUGUAUGACUAGCGCAACUUGGCCCGCUGGCGUUCGACGUUUAGCUCAAUCGUAUAUGGUAAAUCCAAUUCAAGUUUAUGUUGGUUCAUUAGAAUUAGCUGCCGUUCAUAGCGUUACACAAACAAUUGUUAUGAUACCUGAUGAUCCGAAUGAAAAGUUUCAGAGGUUUUUAGAGUUUUGCCAAAAUCUCCAACCAAAUCAAAAAGCAAUCGUAUUUUGCGGUAAAAAACUUACUGCUGAUCAAGUAUCAUCUGAACUUGCCAUGGCUGGUAUUGACUAUCAAGUAAUUCAUGGAGGAAUUGAACAGUCAGAUCGCGAACAAGCCAUAUUAGAUAUUUCAGAUGGAACUGUUAAUAUACUUAUAGCUACUGAUGUAGCAUCACGUGGUAUUGACAUAGACGAUAUUACUCAUGUCUUAAAUUAUGAUUUCCCGCAUAAUAUUGAAGAGUACGUUCAUAGAGUUGGUCGCACUGGAAGGGCAGGUCGUACAGGUGAUUCUAUAAGUUUCUUUACAAGGGGCGAUUGGGCUCAAGCGGAGGAGUUGAUUAAGAUUCUUGAAGAAGCUGGUCAGUACGUUCCUGAAGAAUUAUCUGAUAUGUGCGCGAGGUUUACUCAGUGGAAGAAACGCAAGGAAGAACAAGGAACUUAUAGAGGACAACGAUCUCGUUGGUAGAUUCUAGGUUAAAAAGAAUCUAUUUAUUUCUUUAGAAUGUAGCUAAUUUCAUUUUAAUUGUUUAAUAAUAAGUAUUAUUUGCUCUUCAGAA